CGGCGCAGCUCCGCCCCGCGUUCAGCUCCCGCUACUGCUGCUGUCUGUCCGGCAACACGGAGCGGCGUUCUCCCGGACAGAGAGUGAGGGAGAGAAAAGAGGCGAAAAAAGAAAGAAAUCGCGAAGCCACCGCGCAGAACCGGAGCAGAACUUCUCUAAGCAUGUGGCCGUGAACUAGGAGGACGUCGACAAACCUCAGAGACGAGAAGAAGUGCUGCGUAAUCCCCGGACAGCCACACGGAGAGAAUCCUAUACUUUCAUCCCCCUGGACCAACUGAAGUACUGACGCACACAGACGAGCGGGGUGUCUGGCCAACCUGCCCUGGAGUUCAGUUGAACAGACACACACACACACUCACACACACACACACACACACACAAAAGCACUGAGCUCCUGUCAUGGCCCCAGAAUUCUGUGCGUCACUCUGGUGAGCGGGGGGACGUCCCAGGCAGAAGACAUGGUGGGACGGAGGGCUGGGCACCGCACUGAAGCUAGCUGUAGUUACCAUGGAAACGGUGUGGAGGACCUUGGCCUGUGUUGGGGUCAUCGCCAUGGUGUCCGCUGGAUUAGGAGAGAGUACCUCAGCUCGGGAAGGACAAGCUGCAUUCCUGUCCAGCCUGGGUCACUAUGAGAUUGCCAUCCCGGUCCGCGUGGGCCCUCAGGGGGAGGCGCUGGAUGAAGAGGAGCACUCAGACGAGCAUGGACGGUGGCGGAGGAGUGCAGACUCCAACCCUGAGGCGCCCGAUCCACAGCUGUAUUACCAGCUGUCCACACCCAGCGCCAACCUGUUUCUGAACCUGACGCUGCAGAGCGGGCUGCUCUCGCGCCAGUUUCGCGUGGAGUACUGGAGGAGGGGCCGGCUGGCCUGGAGUCACCCGUACUCCCCUGGCUGCCACUAUGUGGGUCACCUGCAGCACCAGCCUCAGUCCAGCACUGUGGCCCUGAGUAACUGCAACGGCCUGCAGGGGGUGAUUGUAGCUGGUGGGGAGGAGUACCUCAUUGAGCCCCUGGUUUCUGCUGAAAACCAUACGAGUGUGGAUGGGAGAGAAGGGCGCCCCCAUGUGGUGUACAAAAGGUCAUCCUUGCGACAUCUGUACAUGGACCAGUCCUGUGGAGUCAUUGAUGAAAAACCCAGCAAAAGCUUCACUUGGUGGCAGCGAACCAUCAAACCCUCCCCCAACCAGAUGGGACGUGGCCAGCUGCCGCUGAAGCGCUCGGUUAGCCGCGAGCGCUACGUGGAAACGCUGGUGGUGGCCGAUAAGAUGAUGGUGGGAUACCACGGGCGGCGAGACAUUGAGCAGUACAUACUGGCUGUUAUGAAUAUUGUUGCCAAACUGUUCCAGGAUUCUAGCCUGGGGAACGCAGUGAACAUUGUGGUGACUCGACUGAUCCUGUUAAUGGAGGACCAGCCCACUCUGGAAAUAAACCACCAUGCGGGAAAGUCUUUAGACAGCUUCUGCAAGUGGCAGAAGUCCAUCCAGCACCGGAGCGGCCAUGGAAACGCCAUCCCCGAAAAUGGCAUCGCUCACCACGACACCGCGGUUCUCAUCACGAGAUACGACAUCUGCAUCUACAAGAACAAACCGUGUGGUACACUAGGUCUGGCCCCGGUCGGUGGAAUGUGUGAGCCAGAGAGGAGCUGCAGUAUAAAUGAAGACAUUGGCCUGGCCACAGCGUUCACCAUCGCCCAUGAGAUUGGACACACGUUCGGCAUGAAUCACGAUGGAGUAGGGAACGCGUGCGGGGUGCGUAGCCAGGAGACGGCUAAGCUCAUGGCCGCCCACAUCACCAUGAAGACCAACCCCUUCGUCUGGUCCGCCUGCAGCCGUGAUUACAUCACAAACUUCCUCAAUUCUGGCAUGGGAUCCUGUGUGAACAACGUUCCCCCGAAACAGGAGUUUGUUUACCCCACCACAGCCCCCGGACAGGCCUACGACGCUGACGAGCAGUGCCGUUUCCAGUACGGAGUGAAAUCUCGGCAGUGUAAAUACGGGGAGGUGUGCAGUGAGCUGUGGUGUAUGAGUAAGAGUAACCGCUGUAUAACCAGCAGCAUCCCAGCAGCUGAAGGCACCAUCUGCCAAACCAGCACUAUAGAGAAAGGGUGGUGCUAUAAGCGAGUGUGCGUGCCCUACGGGACGCGGCCGGAGGGAGUGGACGGCCAGUGGGGUUCGUGGACGCCGUGGGAAGAGUGCAGUCGCACCUGUGGGGGCGGAGUCUCCUCCUCCAUCCGCCACUGUGAUAGUCCCAGGCCGACCGUCGGAGGACGCUUCUGUUUGGGGGAGAGGAAGCGUUUCAAAUCCUGCAACAUUGAAGAGUGCCCUGCAGGAUCUCAGGAUUUCCGGGAGAUCCAGUGCUCUGAUUUUGACAGCGUUCCUUUCCGAGGGAAAUUCUACACCUGGAAGCCGUACAGGGGCGGUGGGGUGAAGUCCUGCUCCCUGAACUGCUUGGCUGAAGGCUACAACUUCUACACUGAGCGCGCUCCGGCUGUGGUGGAUGGGACGCCCUGCAGAGAUGACUCUCUGGACGUGUGUGUUAACGGAGAGUGCAAGCACGUGGGCUGUGAUAAAAUCCUUGGCUCAGACGUGCGAGAGGACCGCUGCCGUGUGUGUGGGGGGGACGGGAGCAGCUGUGAGGCCAUUGAGGGCGUCUUCAACGACUCACUGCCUGAAGGAGGUUAUGAAGAGGUGAUCAGGAUUCCUAAAGGAUCUGUGUUCAUACACAUCCAGGAACUCAACGUUUCCCUUAAUUAUUUGGUUUUGAAGAGUAAAGGUGACCAGUACUUCAUCAACGGCAAACUGACCAUCGACACACCGCGCCGCUUCGACAUCGCUGGAACCACCUUCCACUACCGCAGGCCUGCCGACCAGCCGGAGACCCUCGAGGCCUUAGGUCCCACCAACAUGACCCUCAUCGUCAUGGUUCUGGUGAGAGAGGAGAAUCCAGGUAUUCAUUACCGCUUUAACCCCCCUGUGAACCGGGACACCCUGAGUGGUUUCGCCUGGCAUUACACGGCCUGGAGCCGCUGCUCCGUCACCUGCGGUGGAGGGGUGCAGAUCCAGCAGGUGGUGUGUAAGAAACAAGCGGAUCACUCAGUGGUCUACAACCACUUCUGUGACAAGAGGAACAAACUUAAAGACAAGAAACGUCCCUGCAACACAGAACCCUGCCCCCCAACUUGGUGGGUGAGCGAUUGGUCAGAGUGCAGUAGAAGCUGUAGCGGUGGGGUGCGGACACGGGAGGUUUUGUGUAAGAGGAAAAUCACCCCCUCAGAUGAGAAAGUUCAGGAUGACUCAAGCUGCACCUCACCACGGCCCCCCCUCACUGAGCCCUGCAAUAACCGCACCUGCCCACCGGAGUGGCACGCACUGGACUGGUCUGAGUGCACUCCUAGCUGUGGUCCUGGUUAUAGGCAGAGGGUGAUCCUCUGUAGAAGUGGAGAGGGUGGUGACACUUUGGCUGAAUCUGAGUGCCCAAAGCAUAGCCGUCCCACCACUAGGAUGCGCUGUAACCUGCAGCGCUGCCCGCCUCCACAGUGGCUCAUUGGACCCUGGAGUGAGUGCUCGGCUAGGUGUGGUCUCGGGCAGCAGAUGCGUCUGGUGCAGUGCGUGUCACACACAGGCCAGCCGUCCAGUGAGUGCUCAGAACUGCAUCGACCCGCCUCCAUGCAGCAGUGCAGGAGCAGGUGCGACCUCAGCAGCCCCACGGAUAACCCCGAGGAGUGCAAAGAUGUGAACACAGUGGCAUACUGCCCCCUGGUGCUCAGGUUCAAGUUCUGCAGCCGCCCAUACUUCCGACAGAUGUGCUGCAAGACCUGCCAAGGACACUGACCUCCUCUCUCCCUCUCUCCUCUCUUCUUCUCUUUCGCUCUGCCUGGGCCAACACCGCCCCAGCUCCACAUUCCAGGGCAGAGACAGAGAGAGAGGGAGAGACAGAAAGAGAGAGGCAGAGCGAGAUAGAGACUGUGCUGCUGUCUUCAACUCUCCAGUCCAGCUGCUCUGGCACGGCUGCUCUGAAUAUCGGACGGACAGAGAUCCGUCUGCCUUUCUUCUAGCUCUCUUUAGCGUGGUGCUAGUCUUCUGUCAGCCAUACUGCAUACCAGGCUCCCUCAGAUCCAGCCACAGAGGACCACAGCACCGCACACAGUGGUGUUUUUCCAUGCUUUUUUUCCCAAAAUACCUUAUUCAAUUCUUCAGAUAAUUAUCAGGCCCUUUAUACAGUGAUUCUCAACCCUGCAGACUCCAUGCACUGCAUAUUUUUGUGUUUUGUUUGGCGUAGAGUUUGAAGUAGGAAUGAUUUUCUGCGGUCUGCACAGAAAAAGACAAAUCAAAUUGGAAUCAAGCCACUUUUUAUAUCUCUGUACACGCGACUCCGUUUGACCAGUUAUGUGUAUUUCUUCAUUGCGCUGAGCUUCCUCACCUCAAAAUCAGCAGCAGAUUUUUGUCAAUUCCUCUCUAAUCAUUUUACGCACACCAGCAUAGUUACUAUGAUGACCAGUGUAGAUGGGCAAGCCACAGACUGACUGUACAAACCUGAUUAGGUCACUCAUAACUUACAGUGGGAACACCAGAGGUGGGAGGUAAUUAGUUGCAUUCACUCGGUCACUAGUACUUCAGUUCAGUUUUGAUGGAUUUGUACUUUCACAUGAAGGUACUUUUACUUAUACUCAAGUAUACAGUCGUAUGCAAAAGUUUGGGCGCCCCUUGGCAAAGAACAUGUUCUGUUGAUUUUCUAGGUGAAAGUAAGUUAACAGUGUUUCUCAACCCGGUCCUGAAGGCCUGGAUGGUCCACAUUUUUGCUUUUAACUUAACUUACAACACAUAUGGAUGUGGACCGUUUGAGGACCAGGUUGGGAAACCCUGAGUUAACACAUCCUCCACAGCAGGGGUGUCAACUCAACCACUUAAAGGGCCAUAUCAGAAAAUCUCAUCAAAUCUGUGGACCAGAGAAAAAAAAAAAUUCUAAUGAUUGUCGUGCUGUAACCCAAACUGGCUAUUGUUUAUUCAAAAUAUGCAGAAACUUCAACAGCAAAAUACAGACACUUUUAGUAGACCUUGAAAUAUUACAUGAAUACUUGAAAUAUUCAAAGUUUAAACGUCUCCAGGUGCUCAGUCUUUUAAACCUACCUAUCUGCUUGAACUACACGCCUGGCAUCCUUUCUUUACUGCAGGUUCAUUAAGACUUGGGCUCAGUUUCUGAGCUGCUGAGCUGCAUUAAGUGUUUAUAUUGGUUGAACUGCAGCUGAAAUGCAGUUAGUGUGUUUGGUGAUAUGACUGGUGUUGAAUUGCAUAGAAUUGAGGUGUAACCACCGUCCCAUAGACUGUUGUUGGAGCCAGAGUGCACAUUACAUUGCAAUGCAUGCUGGGGCACGUAGUUCCGCACAUUGUGAAACAAUCUAAUAUUAACAGAAAAUUUAAUUACUUUUGCGGCCGGAUAGGAUUGUGUUGCGGGUCUGAUCUGGCCUGCAGGCCCUGUGGUUGACAGAAUUAGCAGAAUUACUGUUUAUUUGCUGAUUUUAACAUACUGGGAAUAAAAACGUGCAAAUAUUAUGGCACAUUUUAUAUGUUGUCUUAAACUCUGUUGAAAUUGUUUAGUUAAACUCUGCAAAUAAACUGAAAUUGUGCACUAAAAUUUGCAGGCGAAUGCCAUUUAAGUGUGUUCUAUGUAGAGGAUGUGUUAACUUAUUUUCCCUUAGAAAAUCAACAAAACGUCAUUUGAGCAGGAGUGUUCAAACAUACAACUGUGUUCAUGAAGAAAGUCUGCACUUUUAAAAGUAAAGAUUCUUGAGCAAUGAUUCUUGAGUGAUGUCAUCAAAGAACUACAAGAAGCUUUGAACUGAAAAAACAAAGACGUAAUUAGGAUGUACUACUUCCUAACGUAAUUAGGAAGAACCAUUUUUGGUUCUUAAAGAAACACUUUUUGUAAAUGAGA